GAGGAGGGGGGAGGGGUAAGGAGGCGUUGAUUUUCUAACCAACUUCAACAUGCCCAAAAAUAGAGUGUCAGACUUCUCGAACGUGCGGUAGUUUUCUCGUCCCUUUGUACUGUAAACAUCGGCAGGCGAUAUAUUUAAAUACGUGCCACUGUGUGUGAGGGUAGUUUGAGUUGUGAACAUGCCGCAGGAAAGUGCUAACAGUGUCCAAUCAGCCCAGCAGUGGAAAGAAGAGGGCAAUGCAGCUUUCAAAGAGAGUGACUGGCAUGCAGCAGUUCGGUGCUAUUCGAAAGCCAUUCAGCUUACCAAGGAUGGUGCCGCAGAGAAGAGUGUGUACUUGAAGAACAGAGCCGCAGCAUACCUGAAGUUGGGUGAGAAUGAGAAAGCUGUUGCGGAUUGCAGCGCUGCCCUGGAUUUAGUUCCAAAUGACCCCAAGUCCUUGUUUCGACGAUGUCAAGCUCUGGAAGCUUUGGAACGAUUGGAAGAAGCUUACAAAGAUGCCCGUCAAGUGCACGCUGUAGAUCCAGGAAACAAAGCCAUUCAGCCUAUACUAGCGCGGUUGCACGGAAUAGUUCAAGAGCGCCUAAAGUUCAUGUCGCAGACAACCAACAAAGUUGCGAAGAUGUUCGAAAUCGCUUUUGAUAUGUCAGCAGAGAAGGAGAAGCGCGAGCAAGCUCUGAAUAAUAUGGUGGUUUUGGCACGUGAAAAUUCUGGUAGUGAUGUUAUGUUCAAAGAGGGUGUCAUCACCAAAAUAGCCGCCCUCUUAAAGACGGAAAAAAAUGAAGAAAUGUUCCUAGGAAGUGUCAGGAUUAUUGGCGAGCUCUGCAAAGACAACUUGGAACGUACCAAGUCAAUUCUUCAUCAAUUGGGUGUACCGUGGUUUCUGGAUAUUCUGAAUUGUCAGAGUGAAAAUCAAGUAAAUGCAUCUCAGUACUGCCUCCAAACCAUUUUAAAUACACUAAGUGGUAUGACCAAUGCCCCAGAAAGCAAACCACAGGCUGAGUUGUGUGAGGCAAACAAAACUGAAAUUGAUACUCUACUUACUUGCCUCCUAUUCAGUGUAACAAGUCGUACCUUGUCUGGUUUGGGUAGAGAUGCUAUCAUAGAGCUUAUUAUGAGAAAUGUUCACUAUUCUACUCUCAAUUGGGCUUUUCGUCUUGUUGAGAUUCGCGGUUUACAGCGCUUGAUGGAAGUUGCCAGUGAACUGAAGGAGUAUAAAUAUGAAUCGUCCAUGGAAAUAACAGACUCCACCCGCUCUCUUGUUUCUGUCUGUCUUGCAAGAAUUUAUGAGAACAUGUAUUAUGAUAAAGCAAGGCAGGAUUUUGUGGCUAACAUUGAUGAUUUUGUCAAAGGAAAGCUGAUCACUCCUGAAAUAGAGUCUAAAGUUCGUGUUGUAGUGGCACUAACAUCCCUGCUGCUUGGCCCACUCGAUGUUGGUAAUAAUAUUGUUGCUAGAGAUGGCAUGAUGGAAAUGAUUCUUGUGAUGGCAGGGACAGAUGAUGUUCUCCAACAGAAGGUGGCAUGUGAAUGUAUAAUUGCUGCCAGCUCGAAGAAAGACAAGAUAAAAUCAAUUAUUACCCAGGGUGUCAAUAUCUUGAAAAAGCUGUAUCAAUCAAAAGAUGAUGGUAUCCGGGUACGUGCCCUAGUUGGCUUGUGCAAGUUAGGUAGCAGUGGAGGAACUGAUGCAUCUAUACGCCCCUUUGCUGAUGGUGCAACCACAAAGCUUGCUGAAGCUUGCCGGAGAUUCCUUAUAAGUCCUUCCAAAGAUGUUGAUAUGAGACGUUGGGCUGCUGAAGGUUUGUCCUAUUUAACACUGGAUGCAGAUGUGAAAGAGAAAUUAAUUGCAGAUAGAGCAGCUAUCCAUGCCCUCAUUGAGCUUGCAAAGACUGGUAAUCAAGCUGCUGUUUAUGGUGUUGUUACAACCUUUGUAAACCUUUGCAACGCAUAUGAGAAGCAGGAAAUCAUUCCUGAAAUGGUGGAGCUUGCAAAAUUUGCAAAACAUCAUAUACCGGAAGAUCAUGAACUUGAUGAUCCAGACUUCAUCUCCAAAAGGCUGAUUAUUUUAGCCAAUGAGGGUAUAACUAGUGCUCUUGUAUCACUUGCUAAAACAGAAAGUCACAACAGCAAAGAGUUGAUAGCUCGUAUAUUCAAUGCCAUAUGUGGACAGCAAGAACUCAGAGGUAUUGUCGUACAGCAAGGUGGUGCUAAGGCUUUGUUGCCAAUGGCUCUUGAAGGCACUGAAAAGGGGAUGAGGCAAGCAUCUCAAGCCUUGGCACGUAUUGGUAUCACAAUGAAUCCUGAAAUAGCGUUUCCUGGGCAGCGGAAUUUAGAAGUAAUUAGGCCUCUUUUAACUCUUCUUCACCCUGAGUGUACAGCUCUGGAAAACUUUGAAUCCCUUCUUGCUUUGUGCAAUUUGGCCGGAUUAAAUGAGACUGUGCGCCAAAGAAUCAUCAAGGAACAAGGGAUAGCCAAGAUCGAAAGCUAUAUGUUUGAAGAGCAUGAAAUGCUUUGUCGAGCCGCUACUCAAGUGAUUACAAACUUGAUUUUAUCACCUGACAUGGUCAAGCUCUAUGAAGCAAAGAACGAUAGAACAAAGUACCUUGUUUUACUCAGUGCUGAUGAAGACUUAGACACUGCAUUGGCAGCUGCUGGUGCUCUGGCACAACUGACAGCAGUAAGUAAGAAGUGCUGCAAGAAAGUUGUGCAGGUAGAAACAUGGGCAGAGAGCAUGAGGGCACUCCUGGGGAAUCCAGAUGUUGGUCUUCAAUAUCGAGGGGCUUACAUUGUAAACAACUUGAUGCAAUCCUGUAAAGAAGUAGCAGAAAAGCUUAUUGAAACAGACAUCAUGGAAAUACUGAUGGCAUUAUCACUUCUGGAAGAUGGUGAUGAAAAGGUGAAGAAGUCUGCCCUCCAAGCUUUGAGUACAGCUGAAGACUGGAAACUCAUCAAAAAACCUGGUGGUCCAGAAGAAGAUGAAGAGAAUGAGGAUGAUGUAGACUAAAAGUUGAUUGAUGCAGACUGACCAAGACAAUAAUACUCCUCUUAAUUUAUAAUGUACUUGGUAUUAGACAUUUCUUGUCUUUGUCAGGCACUGAGGUAUUAGUUAAAUUCUCAUUUAGAUUUUUUGGAUUUCAAAGAGGCAUGAAGACUUAAAUUUUGUUGUUAAGGUGUCUAUAGUUUGAAUGUGGUCCAAUUUGAGAAGAAGUUAAUGUAUUUUUAAAUUCUAAAAAUAUUGUUUCACCCAUCUUUCUACUCUUGGGCCUCUCAGAAUUGUAGGAUAAGUACCAAUAGUAAUAUUGCACUCUUGCCCAGUGCAGUAAAUUUUGUGAGCUACCUUAUAAAGUACCUGCCUUAGUCAGUCGAUGUGCAAUAUUUCACCCCACAUAAUUUAUUUGAUGAUUUGUCCAAUUAUUAUCAUGACUUAUAUCAUGUCUUGAAUGUUUAGUACAUUUAUUUGUAUGGAUAGAUUUUCCAACCAACUGUUAUGCUUUUACAGAGUAUUGUAUUUCAGUAUUGAAUUAGUGAAAUAAGGCGGUGUCUAGUUGAUUUUGUGUUGCAUAUUAUCUUCAUUUUGGUUGUUUUUAACUUUUGUUGUUGUUUCUACCACAUUAACAUGUAUAUCUGACUGAACAAAUAAUUUAUCCUUCUUUGUUACAUUGUAUGUAUUACCCAUCAUUGUCUCACUGUUUUAUCAGUAAAAAUAAAUGUGUGAAUUUAAA